CCCACACACUACUAGAUCUUGUUUUUUUAUGCACUUCUUUGUGGGAUGACAGCCACUAGUCUUAAGGCCUGCAGGGACAGAAACAACACGUGUAAUUUUGGCAGCAGACUGCAUUAUCCUGCUUGUCCAGCUGCUGCAGGAUGUCGCUGCUGGUGCACAUGCUCGCCUGUGCCUUUGGCCUGGGCUCCUGGGUGGCAGUGAACGGCCUGUGGGUGGAGCUUCCACUCAUCGUCAACACUCUCCCUGAAGGCUGGGACCUGCCCUCCUACCUGACCGUCAUCAUCCAGCUGGCCAACGUGGGACCCUUGCUUAUCACGCUCAUGCACAAACUGAGCCCGGGCCGCAUAAACGAGCGGGCCGUCAUCUACGCCAUCCUCUCCGUCGGCGUCUUGUCCUGCAUUUUGCUGGCCUUCUUCUGGGAUGAAACCACCAUCGUGGCUGGUGCCUCACACAGCACGGCCUUCUUCAUCAUCACCUUCUUCCUCUCGCUGGUGGACUGUACCUCGUCCGUCACUUUUAUGCCUUUCAUGACCCGGCUCCCGGCAAAGUAUAUCACCACAUACUUCAUCGGAGAGGGGCUAAGUGGCUUCCUCCCUGGCGUUGCUGCUCUCGCCCAAGGCGUGGGUAUGGCCAAGUGUGUUAACUCGUCUCAAGCUGCAGGAAACCACACAGGUGGAAACGGGUGGUUCCUCCAAACCCAGUAUCUCCCACCCAACUUUUCCAUAGAGGUGUUUUUUUCCUUCCUGACAGCCAUGAUGUGCAUAAGUCUGUCUGCGUUUGUGGCGCUGAACAGGCUUCGUUUGCCAUUGAGUGAACACCUAGUGGCAGACUCAGUGGCGCCAGUCUGCUCAGGGCUGGACAAUCCUGCUGCGGACACUGAUGGAGAUGACCUAAGAUGCCAGAACAAGGAAGAGAGCCAGAUAGUUCCUCCCCUGGCAGGCCUCAAUCACUCUGUAUACCAGCUGGCCUUCAUCUACUUCCUGGUGGUGUGGGUUAAUGGUGCUACCAACGGCGUGCUGCCCUCCGUACAGACGUACUCCUGCAUGCCAUACGGGAACCUGGCCUAUCACCUUUCUGCUGCUCUGGCUUCAGUGGCUAACCCUGUGGCUUGCACCAUUGCCAUGUUCUUCCAGAACAGGUCUCUUAUGUUUCUGGGUGUGCUGACGGUGAUUGGAACAGGCUUUGGUAGCUAUAACGUGGCCAUGGCUGCUAUGAGCCCAUGUCCUCUACUUCAGGGGUCUGUGGCGGGACAAGUACUCAUUGUGCUCUCGUGGCUUUUCUUCACUGGUACUCUGUCUUACGUCAAGGUGAUGGUGGGCAUCAUCCUGCGUGACCACAGCCACAGCGCCCUGGUUUGGUGCGGAGCUGCAGCACAAAUGGGAUCGCUGGUGGGCUCCGUUACCAUGUUUCCUCUGGUAAACAUCCUCAACCUCUUCAAGUCUGGGGACUUCUGCAACACUAAAUGCCCCCUCUAAAAUGAUUAGUAUUUUGUUGAAGAGGACAGGAGUGAUUUCAAAUACAGUUUUCCUUGUCAGAGUAACUUAGUAACAAAGUAAAAGUAUUAGUAAGAGAUUCACUGUCAUAAUUGGUUCAACCAUGAUAUGACCUUUUCCUUAGUUUCCAUGUUUUGCCGUUUAUUUUAUGUGUUUUCCUUGGUUGUAGUGUUCACUUGGCUUUAGUGUUGACUGUUUUGCAGUGAUAUGACCACUGCUUCUGAGCACUGGCUCCUUCACCUGUACCUGAUUGCCAAUCAGGGUGUUCACCUGUCCUUAGUUGGCAAUCAGGAGGGUUUGUCCCCCAGUGUUGUCAGGUUGACGGUGCUGGUUCAGUGUGGACUGCGUGUGGUUUGUCUAACCCUGGAUUUGCACUGCAGAACAUCUUUGUCAGAUUAAAAAAGAAAAAAACAAGAAGAAAAAAACCACUCCAAAAACAGCAUUCAGUGGCAUCCAAAACUACGCGCAAGCUCAUGACCAAAUGCAUCAACUUAAUGAUUUGACGUUUUGAUAUUGUUUAACAAGAUUAUCCAACAUUUCGGAAAGGAGGACAUUCAUUAUAGGUCCCCUUUAAUGUUUAUAUAUCAACUUGUUCCACUUUAAUUGUAUUUUGUUAGAAAUUGUAAAUACAUGUUAUUUUUCAAAUAAGUGCUAAAUAAACUAAUUUAUUAAAGAAUAGAAAAUGCAAUGGUUGACAUAGCAAGAAAUCAACUAUUCAGUUUAUAUUCAUUAUAGUUCCCAAAGUCAUGAAACCAAUGCAAUGUUAUGUUUGACCACUAGGUGGCAGAAGCACAACACCAAAAUCUGUAACUAAAAUUUUACAAGCCUGACAGGAUUUUAAAGGAAAAAAAAAGUAUUUUACUCAUCUUCAGACAUUUUGCUUAUACUGGCUAGGAAUUUUUAAACAGGGGGGAAAAUACAUUCAAAACAAGCUAACUGUUCAUUUCAGCAAGUGAGAGGGUCAGUGCACAGUGAUCUUUAUAGAUAGGGAGAACAGGCUUUAUUGUCAACACUCAUAUUUUGCCAAGAGAGGGCGCUGUCUCUCAAACUGUGGUGUGAAAAGUUUACAGAUUUCGGAUCAGAGCUCACCUACAUAGUCAUCUCUAGAAUAAGACAGCUGGUGAGAGAGGACCUAAUAUGUAAAUAUUAAAACAAGUUAAAAAUGUUAAGUACCAAUGAUUGUCACACACACACUAGGUGUGGUGAAAUGUGUCCUCUGCAUUUGACCCAUUACCAUUUCACCCCCUGGGGCGUGAGGGGAGCAGUGAGCAGCAGCGGUGGCCGUGCCCGGGAGUCAUUUUGGUGAUUUAACCCCCAAUUCCAACCCUUGAUGCUGAGUGCCAAGCAGGGAGGUAAUGUGUCCCAUUUUUUUUAGUCUUUGGUAUGAAAGCUUUUUAGUAUUUGUCUUCUAGGCUUUAAAACGUGUGAAGGGAAACCUACAGUUUAUUGUUAUUAGCUAGCUAACUAUUUGUUAAACAGUUAACUGUGUACAUACUAGCAAAACAUUCCUGUUGGGGUUGGCUGCCAGAUUCUCCUUGGGGUUGAUUGUCACAUCUCCUACAUAUCACAUAUACAGUUGGAUUGCUUAAAGAUGUGUUUAUUGUUUUUGUUCCUUGCUUAUUUUGUGUUGUGUAAAGAUCCCUUCAGUUAUGUAUUUUUAUGAAACUUUUUCAUCUAUAGUUCUGCCUUCUUGAAAGGUUUGUUCCCAUUGAAGUAACAUUGUGACAACCGACAACUAUCCUGAUGUGAAGGUGUUAGUUGUCACAAUGUGUCAGUGUCUUUGAUAGUUUAUUUCUCCUUUGUUACAAUGAGUUGUAGAAUGAGAGGGAUACACGUUUCAACACCGAAAGCUUCAAUUUAAUGUAAUAAAAAAAAAAAAAAGGUUUGAAAGAUGCAAUUUGUUAUUCUGAUAGCCAGACCUGUGUGUUUACUUCCUUCCGUACCUCAUGGUUUUGGCAUCACAUGACAUCCUCUGAGGAAGGCAACAACUGUAGCCGAAACCGUCAGCUACGGAAGAAAGUAUACUAUAAUAAGUAUACUAUAUAUUCUGACUAUAAGAAUAACAAAUUGCAUACGUUUUUCAAGACGUAAUGAACCUCUUUGGAUUAAGAUUGAAAGAUGUUUUUAUGAUGAACAAUUCACAUUAGAGUUGCACAGAUCAAUAGUUUGAUCGAUUAAUUGUCUGAGUGUAAUUAUCCAGACCGCAUGGAAUGUCCGGAAUUUGAAAUACGGGCACACAGACUACGUUUACACUGCAGGCCAAAGUGGCCCAAAUCGGAUUUUUUCGAAAUCUGAUUUUUUCCAGCUGACUGUUCACACUGCAAGUAAAAUGUGAUCUUUAUCAGACUCCCAAUAAAGCCUCGACGUCACUUGCAUGCGCACUUCCAUGAAGUGAAAACAAAGGAAAUUGACCAGGUUCUAAUAAAUAAACAAGGGAGUUGCUACUACUACAAAAUAAAAUAAAUGGCUACGGUCGCCACAUCUUGAAAGGAGUGGGGUUUUUUUUUACGUGAAAAAGAGUUAAAGUGAAAAAG